AUGAAGAUGUGCAAAUGCAAUCAGGAAAAUAUUACCAAUGAUCAGGAAAAACCUGAUGAAGGUAAUGAAACAAGAAGUAAUAUUAAAAAAACUGAAAGUAACAAAGAAAACGAAUCUAUUACAGUGAACCGCGAUACUAAUAAAACGGACGAAAAUAUGUUAUUGUUUAAUCCAGACGAUAAUGACGAUGAUUGGAAUAACUCCGAUUGCGGUUUGCUAUCAAAAAGGUCCGGAUCGGACCUUUUUGAUAGCGAAAAUGAAAAGAAGAAAAGUGACCUAAGAGCUCCAGAAGAAAACAAGAAUACAAACACACAAGAUCAAGAUACCAAUAAUGAUAAUAAUGAUUUUACAAAAAAUAACUGCAAGGAGAAGAGCGAACCUAAUAAAAUGAACGAGAAUAAUUUACUCUUUGAUCCAAAUGAUGAUCACGAUGACUACAAGGACCCUGAUUAUGACCCCGAUCUUUUAGAAAGCGAAAGCGAAACUGAAAAGGAAAGGCAAGAAGUAAACAGCAAAGGUAUAAACAGAAAAACGCCAAUGGAUAGAAAUAAAGAAGAAGGCAAAAAGCGGGAGCAAAAAGAAGACAACAAUGCAAACUCGGAAGUUUCAAAUAAUGAUAAUAAUGAAUUCAUUCAGAUCCCGAAACGAGCUAGGACAUCGUCGCAACAAAAGUUUAGAAACAGACUAAAACACCCAAUGUUACAAGCAGAAUCAUUUUGUUCAUGUAAAAAAAGACAAUGUACGACAUUUUUUACGAUAGAGGAGAGGAGUUCCUUACACAAACAAUUUUGGGACCUUAACAGAGACGCUCAAAAAAUAUGGCUUUUAAAUGCAGUUCAAGAGACAAAAGUAUCACGAAAAAUAGAAGGUAGCAGAAGAAACUUUUGCCGAGUAUAUACAUUUCCGAAAGAGAACGAAGAAAAUACAAUAAAUAAAAUACAAGUGUGCCAACAAUAUUUUUUAUGUACAUUAGGAUAUAAAAGCACCUCAGUAAUAGAUCAUUUAUUAAAACAUGUAAAAAAUGAACACGGAAUUCCGACAAUGUUUCCUAAAGAAGAUAAUAGGGGAAAACAUACACCAAAGAAUAAAAAAAAUAUAAACCUGAUUAACACUCACAUUAAAUCAUAUGAUCCCAAACGCUCUCACUAUCGUAGGGAGCAUGCUCCUAAACGGUUAUAUCUUCCGCCAGAUUUAACAAUAAAAGCAAUGCACGAAGAUUACAACAUUAAUCAUCCGAACGAAAUAGUUUCCUAUGAAUUGUAUCGAAAGGUUUUGGAUGAAAUGAAUAUUGGAUUUUAUCAAGCCGAUGCAGAUAAAUGCAGCACUUGCAUUGGAUUGGAUUUAACUCCAACUGAAGAAAAUAUAAAUAAAAAACAGCUACAUUUAGAAGAAGUUAAGUUAAGAAGAACUUUAUAUGCACAAGAUGCUGAAAACGAGGAUUCAGAAACAAAGAUUUACUCAGCGGACUUGCAAAAGGUAUUUCUUUUGUCCAGGAUGCCCAAAGUUAAAGACUAA